AUGGGUGGCGAAAGGUGGCGAGAGGUAGGCGUCCGCCUGACGAAGGCGGUGAAGAAAUUAAAACUUUUGCUUAGUUUUAACGCAAGGAGAUGGUGCUUGGGUGGUUUGAAUAUUGGUAGCUUUUCCUAUAGGCGCCGCUUAAGCUUUGAUGACCGUCUGGGAUUGCAUGGAUGCAUCGAGGAUGAUAAAUCCGACGACGGAGGAGAUCGUUCGGCGACUCGGAGUAUUCAACGAGCCACCAGUUUUGCUUCGGAUGAUGACAUUGAUAAGAGGGCGGAGAUUUUCAUUGCAAAUUUUCGUCGCCAGCUUCGUUUGGAAAGGAAGGUUUCUUUGGAGCUAAGUUACUGUAGAUCUACGGCGAGUAGUUUCGAAAGCAACAAAGAGAUUUAG